AUGGCUUCGUCUCCCGCAGUCCUUGCCAUACCUGAGCACCUCCAGUCUAAAUUUGACCUCGGAAUCUGGCAUGCUCUCUUCAACUGGUCGGACCUGACUGUCGCCGUGCAGAACCAGUGGGGCGGCCCUGACUCCUCGGACAAACGAGACUGGCUGGCCGGCCAAAUUUCUGAUCUUUUCGCUUCGGAACCCCUCACAGACACGGAAGACGUCGAAGUGAUGCUGCUUCAAGUCCUCGAGGACGAGUUUGGCGUGCGGCUAGAAGACGAGACAGAGGUCAAGACGGCGCGUGAGAUUAUGGCGAUACGAAAGGAGCUGAGUGAGGGUAGUACGAAGACGGUGGAUGCGCUGCAGAAGAAGUGGGAGGAGAGAAAGGGCAAGGAGGUUGCGACAGGGAGUGUGAAUGUGAGGGAAGAGAACCAGGAGGGCGAGUGGGACAGUGUGGAUGAGGAGAGUGAGGAAGAGGAUGUCGAGAUGGGGGAUGCGCCAGCGCUGGUGCCUGCGAAACCCAAGGCGGCGCCGGAGGUGGAUGAGGAUGGAUUCACAAAGGUGGUGGGCAAGAACAAGAGAUGA